AGGGUAGCAUUUCUUUUCGCAAUGUUUGGCGACCUAUUUGAAGAGGAUAAUUCCAGUGUGCCAAAUAGUUGGUAUGAGAAAGGGAAGAAAUCAAAGACUAAAACUUUGGAGCCUCCAGCCCCUAGAGAAUUCACCAAUUUAAGUGGAAUCAGAAAUCAGGGUGGAACAUGUUACCUCAAUUCUCUACUUCAGACUCUUCAUUUCACACCCGAAUUCAGAGAAGCAUUAUUUUCUCUUGGUCCGGAAGAGCUUGGCUCUUUAGAGGAUAAAGAUAAACCUGAUGCAAAGGUUCGAAUCAUCCCCUUACAGUUACAGCGGCUGUUCUCUCAACUUCUGCUCUUGGACCAGGAAGCCGCUUCCACCGCAGAUCUCACAGACAGCUUUGGGUGGACCAGCAAUGAGGAAAUGAGGCAGCAUGACGUGCAGGAACUGAACCGGAUUCUCUUCAGUGCUUUGGAAUCGUCUCUAGUGGGGACCUCGGGCCAUGACCUCAUUAAUCGUCUGUAUCAUGGAACCAUUGUCAACCAGAUGGUUUGCAAGGAGUGCCAGAGCAUCAGCGAAAAGCAGGAAGACUUCUUAGACCUGACUGUAGCAGUCAAAAACGUAUCUGGUUUGGCAGAUGCACUCUGGAACAUGUAUGUAGAAGAAGAAGUUUUUGAUGGUGACAACUUAUACCACUGUGGGACAUGUGAUCAGCUGGUUACAGCAGUGAAGUCAGCCAAAUUACGCAAGCUGCCUCCUUUUCUUACGGUGUCAUUAUUAAGAUUUAAUUUCGAUUUUGUGAAGUGUGAACGAUACAAGGACACUAGCUGUUACACAUUUCCUCUCCGGAUCAAUCUCAGACCUUUUUGUGAACAGAGUGAAUCGGAUGACUCGGAAUACAUGUACGACCUCUUUUCGGUUAUUGUGCACAAAGGUGGCUGCUAUGGGGGACAUUAUCAUGUGUAUAUUCAAGACAUUGACCACCUGGGGAACUGGCAAUUCCAGGAGGAAGAAAGUCAACCAGAUGUGAGUUUGAAAGCUCUUCGCAUUGGAGAGGAGACUGAUGACCCACUGAUGGUUCUACAUGCAAUCUUAUCCCAGGAGAGUAAUCUAAUUCCUGUUGAUCAGCUGGGCCAGAAGAUCUUGAAAAAGACAGGUCUGUCCUGGAACCAGAAGUAUAGAAAACAGCAUGGAGCACUGCGGAAGUUCUUACAACUCCAUUCCCAGAUAUUUCUACUCAGUUCGGAUGAAAGUACUGUGAGUCUAUCGAAGAAUUGCUCUCUCCAAUCCAAGGAGGAUUUCCAAAGGAAUAGUCAACGAGUUUUCAAGACACUGACUUCAGAAACCCCCGAGUUCAAUGGCGGCACAUCCUGCCCGCACUGGUUUGAUAUAAAUGAUUCCAAAGUCCAGCCAAUCCAGGAAAAGGACAUUGAACAGCAAUUUCAGGGUAAAGAAAGUGCCUACAUGUUGUUUUAUCGGAAAUCCCAGUUGCAGAGACCCCCUGAAGCUCGAGCUAAUCCGAGGUACGGGGUGCCAGGCCAUUUGCUGAGUGAAAUGGAUGCAGCCAACCAGGAACUCCGUGCAGAAAGGGCCCAAUGGGAGUCUGCCAGCAACCAUUUGGAAUUGCAUCUCCACCUGAGCCCUCAUUAUCGGCUCGUCAGUGGUGCUCUGCACCCUGUCGUCUCACCGGCAGAAAGUGUGUGGCACUGGACCUUCGAUAAAAGGAGGACUUUAGGAGAGCUUCGACAAGCAGUAUUUCAGCUCUUAGACUUCUGGGAAGGGGACAUGGUUCUCAGUGUUGCAAGGUUUGUUCCAGCGGGACUUCACAUUUACCAGACACUUGAUGGAGAUGAGAGGACACUGUGUGAAGUAGAAAUCGCGGAUGGGGAAGACAUCUUUGUCUGGAACGGAGUGGAGGUUGGAGGCGUCCAGAUUCAAACUGGCCUUGACUGUGAACCUCUGCUUUUAAACGUUCUUCAGCGAGCAACCAGCGGUGAAGGAGCCAAGUGUGAGCAGUGGGUGGAGUCUUCUCACGUCUUCCCAUCGAACGCAGAAGUGGGCACUGUCCUCACAGCCUUAGCGGUCCCCACGGCUGUCAUCUGUUUAAGCAGUGCUGACUCUAUGGGCAAACACAGCUGGUCUGCUGUUCCCACGGAAGACCUGAAGAAGACCUUCCGUGAGCACGGGCUCAGGAAUGGAAGCUCCCUUCUCAUUCAGGAUUCUGACAGUGGUGAUCCCAGUCUGUUGAGCAGACAAGAGAAAUGGAACAUUCGUACAAAUGAAAACAACUGGCUCCAAGUUAUCAAUGCUUGCCAGCUGGAGUCAGAAGAACAGCAGGUUAAAAUCUCCGCAGCUGUGAACACAGUGGUGUUUGAUAUUCGAAUUAAAGCCAUACAGGAAUUAAAAUUAAUGAAGGAACUAGCUGAGAACAGCUGUUUGAGACCUAUUGAUAGAAACGGGAAGCUGCUUUCUCCAGUGCCGGACAGUUACACACUGAAGAAAGCCGACUUGAAGAUGGGAAGUACGUUAGGACUUUGUCUUGGAAAAGCACCAACUUCCACUCAGCUGUUCCUGUUCUUCACCACGGAGAGUGACGGCGGCCCUGGGACCGAGAUGGAGAUCACCGUGGAGGAGACCGUGUCUGUGAAAGAGUGUUUAAAGAAAAUGCUGGAGCAAUCCGGCCUGCCGGGGAACACGUGGCAUUUGCGGAAGAUGGAUUGGUGCUACGAAGCUGGGGAGGCUUUAAGGGAAGAAGAUGCGACACUGAAAGCUCUUGGCCUUCGCUCUGGAGACACUUUGGUUUUAAUGGAAGGAGCGCUUCCUCCUCCGGGUUUUCUGAAGAUCCCCAUCUGGUGGUACCAGCCUUGGGACCCCUCAGGACACCACCAGAUUCUUGAAGACCUGCCGAGCUCUGCCACCACGCAGGAUGGCGCCUGGAGGACUGCGUCCAGUCCAGGUGCGAGGGGAAACCCCGUGGAGCCGUCCCAGGCCUCCCUCCACUACCUGGGAGACGUGGACAUCUCUGAGGACGCGGCCUUGGCAGAGCUGAAGGCUCAGGCCAUGACCUUGCCCUCUUUCUCAGAGUUUGCCGUUCCAUCCCCAACCUUCCUCCGAGCCUGGACCGUGGAAGGCAGACGCCCGGGCAGGCUCCUCCGGAGUAACCAGCUGCAGCUCAGGGAAUGCAGACUUGGAAGGAGAGCUGAGGUCUGUCUGGAGCGUCUUCAGAGGGAAGAGCACUUGGGCCCCCAGGACUUGGUGCUCCGGGCCCAGCUGCGCCUCCCAGGUGAGAGGACCUACUCGCUGCCGGUGGACGUGGUGUGGGACACAGCCCGAGGCUGCACUGCGGCCUCCCUGAGGCAGAGAGUGGCUGACAUCUACUCGCUCCCCGUGGAGAAGGUUGACAUGGCCAAACACUUUCCUGAGAAGUUUGAGUGGAUCCCGAUCUCGAGCUGGAACCAGCAAAUUUCCAAGAGGAGAAAGAAGAAAAAGCAGGAUAAUUUGCAGGGGGCACCUUAUUACCUGAAAGACGGCGAUACGAUUGGUGUCAAGAAUCUACUGGCUGAAGAUGAUGAUGACUUCAGUACGGUCAGAGAUGAUCUGGGGAAAGAGAAGCAGAGACAACUUGCUCUGGGAAAAAAGAAAAGCCGAGAAGCCCAUCGUGCGCAGAGCAGCAACGCUUUCUCAGUCACAGAGAUGUCAACCCGGCCCCGGGGAACGGAAGCUUCUCUCUCCAUCCACGUGGGAAGUUUCAGAUAG